AUGGAAUCCCCCACUACUUACUACCUUUCAAUAAACAUCUACGGCCGCGGUGACGCCAAACUCGGCGACGGGCCCUCCCACAUGGGAAUCGCCAUUUACGAGCACGGUUCCUUAACAUGCGAAAUGCACCAUAUACGCAACCCAACAGACGAGGACUUUAUCUACGACCCACGAACACAGCCACUUGAAGACCCCGUUCUUAAGGGUCGCUGCGAGCAUGCUUCUCUUACGUCUGAGCAGGCCCAAGAAGCUGCUAGUCUGCUCUCUGCAUUUGGCAACGACAAAUCCAACAUCCCAGAGUUCGGGGUUGGGAACUGCCAAGACUGGGUUGCUGCUGCUGUGGGAACGCUUGGGCAUGCUGGUGUUGUUUCUCCUGGAGAAGGGGAAUUCUGGAAGAGCAUGAUUAAUAAAAGCUCAGAGGAAAUGAAAAACGAGUGUCUUCGAAGAAAUAAAAAGUGGAUAGAUGGGCCAGAGUCGACAUGUGAAGGGGAGCCUGAUGCAAGGUUUAAUGAUAGAGACACAGUCAAGGUUGGGAAGUUGGUUCAGAAUGAGGCGUUUCGCGCGCGCAUGCAGUCGCUUUUGGGCUCCAAGGCUGAUGAUCAUGAUGAGACUCCUGUGGAACGGCCAUUUUAUGUGUCGAGUCCUUUCUUUAGUAAAAUGAAUGAGGGUAAUAAUUGA